CCGCCGCAGGGGCUCUUGGGAAGGCGGAGUCUUCGGGCAAGCCGCCCAGGGUGCCGGGACCGAAAUCCGAGGCGCCCCGGAAGGGCUAGCGGUCCCAGCAUGCCUCGCGGGCCCUUGGGCCACCUCAUGACUCGCGCCCCGUGGGGACCACGAUUCCCGGCAUUCGCGGAGCGGGGGCGGAGUCGGCCUCUGGGAAUCCUGGGUCCCGGCGUGCACUUCUGGAGACUUCAGGUACCGGCGUGCUCCGCGUCUCGCCGUCCGCCCGCUCGCGUCCAGAGCGCCGCCUCCGUGCAGGGCGGGCGAGGAGGCUGCUGAGGCGGAACUGAUGGCUGCACUGAGGGCGGGGCGGGGUGCAGGCUGGAGCCUCAGGGGAUGGCGGGCUUUGGGGGGGGGUCACUGGGGAAAGGGACCUCUGUUGACCUCUGACUUUCGGGCCCUGCUGACGUCAGGAACUCCUGACCCUCGGGUCCGAGUGACUUAUGGGACCCCCAGUUUCAGGGCCCGGUUGUCUGUGGGGGUCCCUGAACCACGGACAUGUCUGACGUCGGGGACUUCGGAUCCCAGAGCACCGCUGAUAGCGGGGACCCCAUAUCCUCGGACCCGGGAAGACUCAGGGACCCCUGGAACCCGUCCGCGCCUGUGGCUGGCGGUGGCGCUGGGCGCUGGGGGAGCAGUGCUAUUGUUGUUGUGGGGCGGGGGUCGGGGUCCCCCGGCCGUCCUCGCCUCGGUUCUUGGCUCGCCGCCCACCUCUCCCCGGAGCCAGUACAACUUCAUCGCGGACGUGGUGGAGAAGACGGCCCCUGCCGUGGUUUAUAUCGAGAUCUUGGGCCGGCAUCCUUUCUCCGGCCGCGAGGUCCCUAUCUCGAAUGGCUCAGGAUUCGUGGUGGCUGCUGAUGGGCUCAUCGUUACCAACGCCCAUGUAGUGGCUGAUCGGCGCCGAGUCCGUGUGAGGCUGCCUAGCGGCGACACGUAUGAGGCUGUGGUCACAGCUGUGGAUCCCGUGGCAGACAUCGCUACGCUGAGGAUUCAGACCAAGGAGCCUCUCCCCACGCUGCCACUGGGACGCUCAGCCGAUGUCCGGCAAGGGGAGUUUGUUGUUGCCAUGGGAAGCCCCUUUGCACUGCAGAACACGAUCACAUCAGGCAUUGUCAGCUCUGCUCAGCGUGCAGCCAGAGACCUGGGCCUUCCCCAAACCAAUGUGGAAUACAUCCAGACUGAUGCAGCUAUUGAUUUUGGAAACUCUGGAGGUCCCCUGGUUAACCUGGAUGGGGAGGUGAUUGGGGUGAAUACCAUGAAGGUCACAGCUGGAAUCUCCUUUGCCAUCCCUUCUGAUCGCCUUCGAGAGUUUCUGCAUCGUGGAGAAAAGAAGAAUUCCUGGUUUGGAAUUAGUGGGUCCCAGCGCCGCUACAUUGGGGUGAUGAUGCUGACCCUGACUCCCAGCAUCCUUGCUGAACUACAGCUUCGAGAACCAAGUUUUCCCGAUGUUCAGCAUGGUGUGCUCAUCCAUAAAGUCAUCCUGGACUCCCCCGCACACCGGGCUGGUCUACGGCCUGGUGAUGUGAUCUUGGCCAUUGGGGAGCAGCUGGUACACAGUGCUGAAGAUAUUUAUGAAGCUGUUCGAACCCAAUCCCAGCUGGCAGUGCGGAUCCGGCGGGGACCAGAAACAUUGACCUUAUAUGUGACCCCUGAAGUCACAGAAUGAAUGGAUCAGGAAGAGAGGCUCCUGCUCUGAUUUCUACCUGGCUUUCCUGGCUUGGGCUCAGAGGGUACCUGGACAGAGGAUUAAAUGAACCAGUUGGGACAGGUCCCUCCAACUACCAGCACCAAUCCCUGGGCUCUGAGGAAUCACAAAAACACUUUUUAUAUAAAAUAAAAUUAUACCUAGCAA